AUGUCCACAAUUUUAGUUGGAUGUUGGCCGCGAUCCCUUGUCUCGGCAGCAAUGAUUAUUCGCAGGAAGAGGUACCUGCUUGGGCUGAUGGCUCUUCUCGAGUGGUUUAGUUGCAUUCUGCUAAGAAAAGAGUUAGGGCAUGGUUGCGACGGUAACUACCCGACGUAUGCUGCUCCUCAGUGCACGGCGGGAAGUAGAGACUGCCACAUGCCCCCGUACACCGUAACCUUGACUUGA